AGCUCCAACCAGCGGCCCAAGGGGCGGGCCGGGGCGGUGUGGGCCCGAGGGCCGCGGAGCUCCGCGGGCCAGUCGCGGGUUGUCAGAACGGUCGGCGCCGGAGUGGGGCGAGGCUGCGUCGCUCGGGCUUGGCGGUCUGGGGCCCGCGUAAGCAUGAGAGCGCAGAGGACGCAGGGCCGCUGGAGGCGCAGGUAACCAAGCGGGGGUGCGGUGGGGCCGCGGCGGGACUUCUUCCGGGACCCGUGCUGAAUGGAAAGGACCGAGGCGGCGCCGAGCCGCGGCUCCUAGCGGCGGGGCCGCUGCCCGAGCUGCAGCUGCCAGGCGAGGAUGUGUGGAGCCCGGGCGGCGCGGGGGAACUGAGACCCUUCGGGCCCCUGGACUCCCGGGGUCCGGGAUGAGUUAGCUGGGGCAGCCGCGGGGGCCAGUUCUGACUGCUACAGGCCAAGGCGACGGCCACCACCCGCCCGCCCCUUCUGUGCAGAAGCCGCUAGCUCCUUUUCGCGCCCGCCCGCCCGCUCUCCCUGCCCUGGAGACCAUGAGGUUCCGCAUCUAUAAGCGGAAGGUGCUGAUCCUGACGCUCGUGGUGGCCGCCUGCGGCUUCGUCCUCUGGAGCAGCAAUGGGCGACAAAGGAAGAACGAGGCCCUCGCCCCGCCGCUGCUGGACGCCGAGCUCGCGCGAGGAGCGGGCGGCCGGGGCGGGGACCAUUAUGCUGUGUCCGUGGGCAUCCGCCGGGUCUCCAACGAGUCGGCGGCUCCUCUGGUCCCGGCGGCCCCGCAGCCCGAGGCGGACAACCUGACGCUGCGGUACAGGUCCCUGGUGUACCAGCUGAACUUUGACCAGACGCUGAGGAAUGUAGAUAAGGCCGGCUCCUGGGCCCCCCGAGAGCUGGUGCUGGUGGUCCAGGUGCAUAACCGGCCGGAUUACCUCCGACUGCUGCUGGACUCACUCCGAAAAGCCCAGGGCAUUGACAACGUCCUCGUCAUCUUUAGCCAUGACUUCUGGUCGACAGAGAUCAAUCAGCUGAUCGCUGGGGUGGAUUUCUGUCCGGUUCUGCAGGUGUUCUUUCCUUUCAGCAUUCAGUUGUACCCCAGCGAGUUUCCAGGCAGCGACCCCAGAGAUUGCCCCAGAGACCUGGAGAAGACUGCAGCGCUGAAGAUGGGAUGCAUUAAUGCUGAGUAUCCCGACUCCUUUGGCCAUUAUAGAGAGGCCAAGUUCUCCCAAACCAAACACCAUUGGUGGUGGAAGCUGCAUUUUGUAUGGGAAAGAGUCAAAGUUCUUCGAGACUAUGCUGGCCUCAUACUUUUCCUAGAGGAGGAUCACUACUUAGCCCCAGACUUUUACCAUGUCUUUAAAAAGAUGUGGAAGUUAAAGCAGGAAGAGUGUCCUGAGUGUGAUGUUCUCUCCCUGGGGACCUAUACGGCCAUUCGCAGUUUCCAUGGCAUUGCUGACAAGGUAGAUGUGAAAACUUGGAAAUCCACAGAGCACAAUAUGGGUCUAGCCUUGACCCGGGAUGCAUAUCAGAAGCUGAUUGAGUGCACAGACACUUUCUGUACUUAUGAUGAUUAUAACUGGGAUUGGACUCUUCAGUAUUUAACUGUAUCUUGUCUUCCAAAAUUCUGGAAAGUGCUGGUUCCUCAAGUUCCUAGAAUAUUUCAUGCUGGAGACUGUGGUAUGCACCACAAGAAAACCUGUAGACCAUCCACUCAGAGUGCCCAAAUUGAGUCACUCUUAAAUAAUAACAAACAGUACUUGUUUCCAGAAACUCUAAUUAUCAGUGAGAAGUUUGUGGCAGCCAUUUCCCCACCUAGGAAAAAUGGAGGGUGGGGAGAUAUUAGGGACCAUGAACUCUGUAAAAGUUAUAGAAGACUGCAGUGAAAAAUCACAAUUACAAAAGCAAAGGUCACAGUCUUCUAUUUUUGAUAUUUGUCCAAACAGAAUAUACAGUUGACUAAAAGGGUUUAGGAACUGGUUUCUGCUUUAAUACGGAAAAAAAAAAAAAAAAUUCUUGUAAAAGGUGUCCAAAUAUAGUAAUCUUUUCCUUCUAUGUCUGAUUAAAAUUUAAACACAAGUUUUCAUUUUGGGAGUUGGGUUUUAAAGUUCAAUCUGUAUCUGCUAAAGGUAAUCAUUGUUAAUUGGUAAAAGAAAAGAGGGGAAAUUUUAUUUAAAUUGCAUCUAUUAAUCUUUUUAUCUGGAACUUUGUACACUUUUCCACUUUCAAAACUUAUUUUAAGUACAGCAGACUUUAUUUAAAACUGUCAUAGCAGUAAAAAGUAUUACAGUGGAAUUGUUAGUAUUAAUCGAACAAGCCCAAUUUCACUCUUGACACGGUUACUAGGAAGGGAUUGCUUCACUGGUUUUAUAAUUCAAAAGUUAUGUUUGUUAAACACCCUAUCAGAACAGACAUUUUCAGUAUUACAGAUUCCUCUAUUAUUGUGUUAAGAUUUGCCUGUGCUUUGGAACCUUCUUGGAACACACUUUAUUUUGGAAUGUAUUUGAUAAGAAAGUUUAAACACUGUUUUCACCUCAAUGUAGAAAUACAGUGGGUUUUUUUUUUUUUCUUUUAGUGCUGCCAAAAUAAAAUACUCAUUUUUGCAUAAAAAGGUUCCUAA